AUGGGUCUUCCAUUUUGCAAGAAUUGCCUCAGAGUUGCCUGUGACGAGAGCCGCAAGGAGCAAAAGCUCCGCCUGCUGCUUCAGUACGGCGCGGACCCCGACUCCAAAAACGACCAUGGGGGGAACCUAGAGGCGGUGCAGAUGCUCUUGGAGGCUGGCGCCGAUUACAAUGCCCGAGACGGGAAUGGCAGGCCAGCGCCCGAGUACGCCGCAGCAUUUCCCGCAAAAGGGAAAGAAAAAGUCUGCGCCGAGUGCCUGAGACUCUUCCUCGACGCCGGCGCCAAUCCCGAGGAAAUGCUGCUGUUUCAAUAUGCCGCACUGGGCACGAACAUCCUCGCCAUAGAUAUUGGUGUCGCUCGCUAUUUGCUAGAGAGGGGCGCCGACAAGAACACAGUCGACAGCAAUGGCACCAGCGUGAUGCAGCAAGCCAUCAGUGGUGAUUUCUACGAGGGGCUCGAGUUGCUCUUGGUGGCCCUCGCGGAUCAUCUCCAAGUUUCCAAGAACGUCAGCACCGUCCUGCACGUUGCCGUAUCAGUGGGCGAUGUCAAGGCUAUGGACAUCUUGGCCGGCCAUGGCCUUGGCGGCUGCGAGGUGUAUGGAAAAGUGUUAGAGUAUCAGUAG